AUUUGUGGUUUAAAUUGCUUUAAAACCAAUGAUGAAACCACAGCAAUGUGGUUUUUCUUCUGAUUCAUCAAGAUUCUGUCUCUAAAGCUUCAACCAAAUAUAAAUAUUUCCAUCCAUAUUUCUCCAAUUUUUAAGAUUUGUAAACUAUACACAGUAUGUUUCAUCUUCUAGUGAAUGUGCAAAGCUACUAGCAAAAUCCACUAAAAAACCCUGCUGGUUAUGAGCACCGUAAUAAGUGUCUGCAGAUAUGUACUGCUUUGAGGCAGAAACUAAGGCAUUGCUACAAACCAAAAAUUAAAGUAGCAAACUGCAGCAAGAUUUUAAUAUUUAAUUACAUUGGCUCUAACAGGCCUUAUUCAAAUUCAUAUGUUGGGGCAUCUAUGCAAAGUUUAUUCAAAUGCAAUUUCUGAAUGCACAGAUGGUGCUUUGGCAAUGGAUGUGAUGCAGCUAUGUAGUGCUGUGUGGGGUAGUGAUUCUACACCAGGCAGUGAUAAUGAAGGGAGCUGGAUUCUAUUUCCAUCCUUUCCCUUCUCUGGUACCCCUACUUACCUACAACUGUUCUUCAGAAACAUCUAAGUAAUGGUGAAUAAAUGUCCUAGAAAGCACUGAAAAGUUGAAAGCAGCUGAAAAGCAGCAGCUUAAAAUUGAGAAACUGGAAGCAGGAAGUGUGAAAACUUCUAUUCAGUUGAAAUGAAGCAUAAAUAAUGCUUUAACUAUCUACUCUUCAGUGUUUUGUUUACUGCACUGGUUUUCUACAUUUCAAAUACAGGCGUUAACCCCAAUCACUAUGAUGUAUAAACAUGCCUUUUUAAAGAAAGAUGCUGGAACAUUUGAAAAAAAAUAUUUUUUUAUCAACUUAGUCUUCUAUUGGAAUAGCGAGGUUUUGUUUUGUUAUGUUUUGAUAGCCAAGGGAAAAAUGAAAAGCAAAUAUAAGUGAUGACAUUCUCCAUAUCACAAUUUUCUCAAUAUUGGACUGAGAAAGCAAUUUUUGAGGUGCUGAUUUUUGUCUAAGCGAAUGAAUAAUAGUGGAUAAAUAAUGAAAAAGGAUGCAGCAACAUUUAGUAGCAGCCAUAUAAUCACUAUGUAGGUAAUAUGCUAUAUAGUAGGAUAGUAUUACCCUAUCAAAAAUAAUAUGAAUAUAUACUUUCUGGGUAUUUUGUGGAAUGUAGACAAUAAAACCCACUGUGAAAUUGCUUGACAUUCUUCUCAUGUGAAAAGAGAAAAAUCAAAGGUGAAUUUGUAUUUUGUAUUCAUUUAUAUAGGUAAAUUUAACUUACCAUUUUGCCUAGCAUGAGGUUCCAUCAUUUGAGUAAGAAGGCAAAUGAAUUAUAUUUCCUUUGGUAUCAGUACUUGGUCAAGUAACAAAUACACCUGUCUAUGCUGUACUCACGUCUAAAAUGUCAAACGCUAUUAUUCAUAAGAUAGAUAUAUCAUUAUUUUAAGAGUAAUAUAAACUGUUGCUUGAGAUUAUUUGAUUGGAUAUCGAUUAAUUCAUAGUUUUAUUGAAAGAAGCUAAAUUAUUCUUUGUCUUUUUUAGGGGUGAUAGCAGAUUAUGAGUCAAAACAUGGACAUUGGAUCCGUUCAGCAUUUAAUGGAAGAUACGCAGAUUUUUAGGACCCAAGCAAGACAGCCUAAUAAGUUAGAUGGAAUUUGCCAAACAGAUGACAAUCUGUGUAAUUCAAAUUUUCCAUCUCAAAAUUUCUACCCAUAUUCACCUCUUUAUACACACAUGCAUAUGAAUUACGGCAGUGACUUGGAAAUUUUUGAAGCAGUAAGAAUUCGAGAACUAGAAGAAGUCAAAGCCAGAGCUGCCCAAAUGGAGAAAACCAUGCGCUGGUGGUCAGAUUGUACUGCUAAUUGGAGGGAGAAAUGGAGCAAAGUUAGAGCAGAAAGAAAUAAAGCCCGAGAAGAAGUCAGACAAUUGAAAAUAAAAUUGGACAGUGUUGCAAAAGAACUGAGUAUGUUAAAAAAGAUAAACCAGGAUUUAGUAACUGAGAAAGAAAGUUUAGAAAAUGUAACUGCUUGGAAAACAGAAUAUUUCAGUUCCUCGGAAAUAUCUCAUAUAAAAAAAGACGUAAACCAGUUAACAUUUUUGGAACAAGAACCUGUGAAAGAACUGAACAAAACCAACAGAAUUCCUUGGGCAGAAGACUCAAACAAGGAUGUGGAGUUAAUCAAACAGCCCUUAAGAAGCAGUCAGAAAAAAAUGACUCCAAAGCAUCUUGAUGCCUUUCCCAGUGGAUUUACCAGUAUUUAUUUCGAGGAACCUAAAAAAGGUCUGCACAACGCAGCUCAGACAUCAGAGAAUGAUUUAAUGCAUGCUUCUGUUCUGCAUUUGCAUUUGGCUGAGUUACAGAAAAUCUUAACAAAAGAAAGAGAAAUGAAUGUAUUUCUGGAAAAAGAAGUGGAAAAGACAGAAAAUGAAUUAGCUCUUUGGAAGUGGAAAUAUGAAGAACUAAAACAAUCUAAACUGGAAAGACUGAACCAGCUGGAAAGAUGGCAGUUUGAGAAUACUUCUGAAUGGGGAAGGAGAGAGAGACCUGAUGCGGAAAAGCAAAGUUUGGAAGAAGAGAGAAGCGGGUUGAAGUUGCAAGUGAAAGAAAUUCAGGAACUUCUGGAGAUGAAAAAUAAAGCAGUACCAAUUAAAUUGACUUGUAAUCAUCAAAAUGAUCAUCAGAAUGCACAAAGUAAGCUGCCAGUUAAAAAUAAGGUACGUACAUUGCUAUGUUUCAUUACUUUGGGAGCAUUCCCAUGUAGAAUUGCUAUUUCAUACUGACAAAUGACAAAAUAUGUCCAUAAAACAAGGGCUGUACAGGAGAGAAUAUCUCUGUUUGUGCAUCUCAAACCUGGGCAAGGAAACACAGUGAAUUUCUGUGGGGUACAGAAACAGAAAGAAAAAUCUCUUCAUUCUUAAAAAGAACCAGUGGAAUUGACAAGUUAGACAAGAAAACUUUGGAGUGAAAAUAAUGAUUAAGAGGAAUUGAAGAAAUUGAGUAAAUUUUGGUAGAUACAGGAUCCUGAUGAAGAUCAAAGCAAAAAAGUUGUGAGGCAAAUUGUUUCUCAGUCUUUCUGAAUAUUUAAUCUCUUCUUAGGAAAGAGAAAAUAAGUAAUUUAUCUUGGUAAAGAUUUGAAGAGAAGGUGUUCUGUACCUGUAGUCUGCUUUUAAAUGUAACUGAUUUUUGUGCAUUUCUGUGAUGGCUCAGGAGCAGCAAGUUGCACUUAACCUAAUAGAAUAUCUUCUUAUAUAACGAACAUCUGCUUUUAAUUUUCCUUUAGUGGUAUUUAUUGUAUCAAGUCAUAUCAUAUCACAUGAAAAUUUUUGUGAUUUCUUUUUAAUGCAAGUAAUUUGAUUUUUUGAGUUUGGAUAUAUGACCAGAAAGGGGUAUAUCUGCUUCAGCAUGUUACUGUGUUUCAAAUAUAUUUUAGUUUGACAUUUUGUUCUUUUACUUUUUUAAAAAAUGUUGGUUUUGUAAGAAUAUUAGACAUCUGUGAUAUUUCUUACUAUUACUAUCAUGACUCUGUUGGUGACUACUUUGCAUCAUUUGUCAAAGUCAAAAGGCGAAUAUGGUGUGCAGGCAUCUUUCUUAUCAUAAAAAUGAAUGUCCGUGCAAUGUUUACCUAUUCAUAGCAGAUCACGUCAGAAUAAGAUUGUCUUCAAAACAACUGAUUAUCAGUUUCAAUAAGAAAAUUAAAAAUGACAAUUCACUGGCAACUGAAAAUAUGUAAAUCAUCAUCUGGUAGCUUGUUAACAGUUAUCAUCCAAAGAAUAGGAUGACAAAUGAUUCAUUUGUAGCUGUUUGUGUUCCACAAGAAUCACAGAACAGCACCAUCAAUAACCUGAAAGAAUGUCUGGCUGCUAAUCCAAAAGCGUUUUUUUUCUUGGAUGGUAGUUUGGGUUCAAAUAAAAUCAUAUCUUAUAUGGAGCACUAGAAGAGCAUAUAAGGAUUUUUGUAAGACAUGGAUGAUGGUUAGAUGUUUAUGGAUGAUUAUAGAUUUACAUAUCAAGUAGACAAAAGGGAUGUGGGUAACAUGUCACGGAAUUAACUGCAGAAUAAAAUGCAGUUACCUUAUACUCCUGCUUUUCCAAAACCUGCAUUUGGAAGAUGAUAUGUGAGAUUCAUUCUAGUUGUUUAGAUCAGCAUAUGGGGUUGUUAAUUGGUGUGUGGCUGAUUCUCAGUUUGAGAGGUUAUAAGUAACCAGUAACAACUUUUUUCCUUUGUUAACAGUUUAAGGAAUAUUAGGCAUGGUAUCAAAAUACAGAAGGGAAGUUCUAAUGUUCUUGUGUAAAAGAUCUCAUGUUGACAAUUAUCUUAAUAUUUAAACAUCUAUAGAAUUUAUGCAAUCUCUUGCACUCGUGCAAAUUCAAUUUCUGAGCAAAAAAAAAAAUUAUUAUUACCAUAUCUUGUACAAAAUGUGAAGAUUUUGCAUUAUUCUUAGGAGGUAAUAUGUUGAUUGAAAAUGUUUCCAUGUGCAGUUUUUCAAAGGUUAACUCCUGUCCAACAAGAUGAGUAGAAUUGAUGAAACAGUUGAGAUCAGACAUUGUUACUAUCUAGUUUUAUCGAUUGCACAUCUUGGAAUGGAGAAAAACAUUUAAAUUAAUAACUGUAUGAUUUGACAAAUAGCAUAGGAAUAAAUAUUAAGUGGGUCUAACUGGUUCAUCUAGGAAGAGAUAAAAUGAAGAAGAAGAGUUUUUUGAUUGCAUAGAUCAAUACUCAAAACAUGGCCUUUAUAGAAAGAGAUUUUCUAUUUCAGCUGUGAAUAUCACCCUUAGAAAAACUUAUACAUUAACUUGGGAGAAUAAAAAUAGUGUUCUAUUGUUGUUGUAGUAGUGUUGUACUGUCUCUAAAUAUUAUGGCCAAUAGGUGGUCAUUAAACAUUUUAUUCACUAUAUAUGUUUUGUAGCUGACUACUAUAGGACCCAAGUACAGAACAGAAAACUGUAUUCAUAGACUAUUUGUUGUUGCUGUUUUAUUUAGUUUCAAAUUUUAAUAUUAUAAGACUAUAAUUUUGUUGCAUAAAUUUAAAAAUGGGAUUAUGGCCAGCAUGUAUUUUUAUGAAGCUAUUUUAGACUAACAUUAUUUAGCAAGAUUUCUUUUAAAUCAUCAGCCUUUCAGGCUUGUUUUUUCAAAGGUAGGGAGCACUCCGUUUUUUCUAUAAAUACUUUGAAAAACAAAGAUGGUAUGUCUAUAGUGGAUUUACACAGCAGGUUUUGGUAGCAGAGUGUUGCAUGGCUUAUCUGUGAAAUGAGGCCGGGCUGCCCUCUACUGGAUACAGCCGAUUUCUGCCCACUCCGAAGGACCUGCUACAGUGCGUGGCUGGGGCCAGCAGUCAGGUUGGGAGAAAAUCUGGCAGGGGCCCUUGUUUCCACCAACCCAACGUCAGAGAUUUGUGAGUCCACUUCACAGACAAGAUUUCAUUUUUGUGGUAGUAUCCUGAAUGAGACUAUAAUUUCUGCAAUGGCGUCAAGGAGCCACAGGAGCAGGUGAAACCCAGGUUUUGCACGUUUUUCUGCAUGAGCCUCAGCACUGCACUCAAUGCUGCAGACUGCUUAAGGAGAGAGUGGAUGUAGUACUUAGGCAUGUGUUUUAGUGGGCAAUAUUGGUGGUGGGUGGAGAACUGGACUGGACGAUUUUAGAGGUAUUUUCCAACCUUAAUGAUUCUAUGAUUACCAUCUUCUGCUGUGCUGAUUUACUAAUGUGAAUACAGCCAGAUACAAAAAUGUAUGCAAAUUGCUACCUUGUCAGCAGCAUUCAGAGGUCUGUGUCUGCAUAGCCCUUGUCUUAAUGCAUAUGAUCGCCAAAAGCAUUCAAGGAGGCACCUCAGUACACAGAUGGAAUUUUUAGUUUGCCUAGGAGAAGUUUGAGUAGUAAGGGCUUCAGAUAAUUGCUGUAUGUUUCAUUCCUGGUUCUACAUCACAGAUCUCUUGGGCUAAAUUUUUAAUAUAGUUUUAACUCUGUCAGAAAAUAAUACUUGAAAGAGCAUUAUAGUACUAUUGUUAAACACUUUGAUACUUCACUGAGCACUGUUCAUCCAAUGGAGAAUUAUCUUUGUUUCAUUGCAGACCUCUGGGAUGGUUAUUCUGAUGGUUAAGCAGCAAUGGUUGCACAAUUUGCUCCCUUAGCAGAUUUUUCAAAUGCAAUAUGUUUUGUCAGAAUUACCACUUGGGAUACAGUUGUUUUAUAUGAUUUUUUUUUCCUAAUUACACUUCUGGUGAAAUGCCUCAUACUUGAAUAAAAUGGCUGCUUUGAAGUAACAGUCUUUGAGAUUUGUUUGUUGACAAAUUCCUUUUCAAGAGGAAAAAAAGGGGGCUAAUUCAGGAAUUCAACAUUCAGUAAAAUUUUGGACAUCAUUUGUCAGCACUGGAAAAAUAAAAAGAUUGUUAUCCUGUGUUACACUUGAAAAUAUGUACUUAUAGUUCUGAAAUGUGGGUUGUGUAUUUGUUUCCAGCUUUGGAAAUCUCAGUUCUUUGAACAGCCAGCAGUAGAUGUUUGAAUUACCUUAUGCUUUGUUUUUAUGUGUUUCACUUUCCUCAUUGCUUUCAAGGCAGCUGUCUUGGGUUAUUAUUUUCACAGAGGAGACCUGGCUCUCAGUUCUCUCUGAAACUGCCUUUCUAAAUCUUUUAGCUAAGUUUAUGUAGAAGAUACUUCUCAGUGCUAAACCUCAUGAGAUUUCUUGUUUCUUAUUCAUCUCUGUGUAUAGAAAAAACAAUGUAAUCAGAAGCAUUCUAAUUUAGAUCUGAUGCUUGCCUUUUUGUGCUCAUCCAAGUAGAGUUGCAGUUGUUUCAUCCAUGUAAUUCUGAUUGAACUGUUUAUUAAGAGAAUUAUCAUUUCAUUAUAGUAUUUUCUAGUGUUUUUCAAUCUAUAUAUUUCUAAAUUAAUCAGAGAUUAAGAACCGCAUUAAAAUUAUAUUGUGCC